CAAUUCCCCAGCACUGAGUAGCUAUGACAGAGAUUUUGAUGGGGUAAUUACACUAAAACCUCACACAAACGCACUCUUCGAUUGUCAUAUUCUCCGCAUCUGAGUCUCUCUCUCUCUCUCUCUCUCUCUGUCACAUGCACUGAGUCUCUCAUGGUGAUCGCGGCUGCUUCUUCCCUCUCCUUAGGUCAUUCCCACUGUCAAUUAUGCCAUGCAGAUGGUUUUUCUUGCUCAACAUCAUAUAGGGUCACAAGCACUUGGAUCAAAUCUCCCAUUGACAGUCGCAAACCUUCUGAUUGUUCCAGCAUAAGUUGCAGGUACAGUAGUCCUUAUUUUGGAACACAAUUCCAUUGGUCAUCUGCGGGACGUGAUCAUUGCCUUUGGAAAGUUUCUGUUGCUGCAGAUUACUCUGAUUCAGUUCCUGAUUCAUCUAGUUACACAAAUGAGAGAAGUUAUCAUCCACUUGAAGAUAUCAAAGUCAAUAGAAGGACCCGGGAAACUCAGCUUACCUCUGCUGAAAUGGCUAGGACAACUGUUGAGGCUAACAACAGUGCUUUGCUGGUGUUUCCGGGAACAAUACACAGUGAACCACAUGAACAAAUUUCAUGGGCAGAUUUUCAAUAUGUAAUUGAUGAUUAUGGAGAUAUAUUUUUUCAAAUUUUUGAUGACAAAAACAUCUUACAAGAUCCUGGAGCUAGUAAUCCUGUGAAUUGUUUGAUUGGGAUAGAUAUUCCGAUGUAUGAGAAUAAAAGGGUAGCCAGUGAGUAUGAUGUUUUUGAUGUCAGCAGUGUAGACGAUAUUCCAUUUGAUGAUGACUACUUUGAGAUAGUGGAGCCUGAAAUGUCUGAUGUUCCAGUUGAUUGGGGGAUGCCAGAUACUUCCAGCUGGAUCCAUCCUAUGUAUUUUGCCAAGUGCUUGACAAAGGCGAUUGAUAUGGAAUAUGAUAGAAAAAUGGACAAUCCAUCAAAUGGUGUUUCCAUUGUGGGGUGCCUCAGACCUGCUUUUGCCGAUGAAGAAUCAUACUUAAGAAGGUUGUUUCACUUUGAAGAUAAUGAUGAGUAUUAUUCCAACUGGAAAGAUGCUGAAAUUUUGAGCUUUAGCCCCAAAACAAAUGGAAGCAGGACAAGCUCAACUAUUUAUCGGUUGGAGAUCAUGAGGAUUGAGCUAUUCUCUGUAUAUGGCAUUCAGUCUGCAAUUGGUUUAGAAGAUUUUCAAGAUGCUGAACCUGAUAUCCUUGCACACUCUACUUCCGCAAUUCUGGAACACUUUAGUGAGAAGGGAAUCAGGUGCAAUGCUGCUCUUAAAGCUCUUUGCAAGAGAAAGGGUCUUCCUGCUGAGGGAGCUAGUUUGAUUGGGGUUGAUAGCCUUGGCAUAGAUGUCAGAAUUUUCUGUGGUGUGGAAGUACGAACUCAUCGUUUUCCCUUCAAAGUCCGGAAGCUCAAUUCAAUACACAGAUGUUACAAUUACAAUAAUACCAUACAGACUUUUACUUAGGUAACCAGUUAGAAAAAAAAACUGAUUUUAUUCCUGAUGAUCCCUGCCUAUAUGUUCAGUGGAUAUUCUUCUUUAAAUUUUGCAUCCAAUAAGUUUAAAAUUAUAUUUAACAGUAGCCCAAAGGUGGUCUGACUUAUGCUUUUGUUAUUAUUUGGUAUUCUUAUUUACAAGAUGCAACAUCAAAAUGAUAUUUUCCUUGAUAUAAUCCCCCAUUCUCCCAUUUUCUCCUUUCAAAAUUUUGGUCACUCCCAUCUUGCUCAUCAGCUGAUUUAUAUCCGCCUUUCAACUUUUUUUGUAGUUUGAGAAUCCUAUUACUGAAUCCUUGAAAUUUACUGCAUGUCACUGUUUGCGUGCAUUAAAGUACUGUGGCAAAAUUAAACAGCUUUCCUGCUUGUCCCCAUAUUGAUUUCAUUGAAACCUGCAAAGUUGCAUAAAACUAAACUUGAUUUCCCAUAGGGACAAUGUAAAUGAGCUGAGGGUGCAUAGAUAGAGAAUCAUCACCUAACCCUCUGCAAACAGAGAGCCAGCUGCCAAACUUAUUCAGUUCCUUAUGGGGGAGAAAUUUCCCUGCUUGGAAUUUUUUUCUUUAUGCCUGUUCUAUUACCAGCUUUGGAAAUGUCUCAAUUAGCCUCUCCUAGCUAGAUUAUCAUGAUACUGGAUUGUCCUUUGGUAUUCGUCCUACACCCUCUAUAUUCUAUACUUGUUUCUUCAUUGAUGCUCUUCCCAUUUAUCUAUGUCUAGCUUUCUGAACCAAAUUUACACCACUUUUUGUUCUUUAACUCAUUUGGUUUUCAUGUUUGCACCUCGAGUCUGCUUUGGAAGUUCUAUAUUCCAUUCAUCCAUUUCAUAUAAAAUUGCCUGCUUUUGUAGGAGUACAAGAUAAUAGGACAGUCUUCUGUCGCUUGGUGCAAGUUUGUUGAUAUUAUGAGUUGUUUUAAUAAGGUGUACAAAAUGUCACGGUUGAUAUGCAAAUUCUUAAAUGCUGAAUACAUCUUUACACCCCCUAAGCUUUACCAAAAAAAUUUCCCUGUUAUCUUCAAUUUUGAAAACUGACACACUCGAACUAUCUAAAAUGGAUAAGAUGACCUCGUGAUUCUAGUCAGCAGAUAGUGUGAAUCUUUUGAAACAUUUUUGGAUUAAUUUGAAUCCAAAGAGGAGACUAUUUGGUGUAGGAAAUAUGAGAUAAAAAUGUAUGCUUUAUAUAUAUAUAUAACUAUUGUUAGAUUAUUGAUUGCUAAAAGUGAAUUUGAGCAUGUGAACGUUGUUCAUCUACCUUGUACUAGGAUUGCAAAAUCUUAAUUCAAUAUUUAAAUGUUUGGAUAUGUCACUAAACAUUUUUAAAAUUCAGAAUGUCAUAAGGUCCUUUUUGGUAAAGUUCAAAGUUUUGAUAUAUUCAGCCAUUUUUAAAGUAUGAUGGAGAAUUUUGACAAUUUGUCCCAACACCCCUCCCUUGACCUGAAACCAGUCAAUUUUCAUAUGGGGCGGGGUUGGGAAGAAGGUUCCCACAUAUAAUUUACUUUUUAAUAAAUAAAUUAUAUUUUAUUUUGAUAAAUUGAAAUAAUAAUAAGAAAAGGAAAUCCCUGCUGGGAAAUCUGCUCCACCUGUUCCUUGGCGGGAAAUUCCCCGCCCGACCUGAAGUCUCUGCAGCGCAGUGAUGGGAGGAGUGAUUCCCACCCCUGACAUUGGCUUAUUGCCAUUGCUAUUUGUGGUUGCACAAAUGUGCUCUUUGAUUUGAAAUGGAGGGUAUUUAAUAGUGAAAGUUUGUGUAUUUUGGUUUGUUUUAAUAUAAGUUAUUUAGCACAAAAAUUGAUUGUUCUUGCUUGGCGGAU